GCAUAAAUAGCUGACGAGCAUAGUAAUUAGAAACUCAUGUGACAGUCAAUAUUUUUGUCUUUACUGCUGUGUGCUUAGGAGGAAUAGGUCAGUGGCCAUCAAACAAGAUGAGGAGAAUAACAUCUAGAAAUAAGUUAGCAGUAAUUAAAACUUGCUUAUACUCAAUUGAUUUAUUUUAUUGGAUCACUGGAGUUGUGCUGAUGUGCAUAGGGAUUUCUGCCCAAACAAAACUCCGUGACACUUUUGUGGUGAUCAAUGAAGCUUCCUCUGGUGUUCCUGUGAUCAUCACCUUUGUUGGAGUCAUCAUUGUGUCCAUCUCUAGUUUUGGCGCAAUUGCUCUUAUGAAGUCCAAUCAUGCGAUGAUCAAAGUGGUAAACUGCAUGCUGCUAAUUAUCAUCUUGAUUGAAAUUGUAGUUGGCAUCUCUGCCUAUGCUUACAGAGAAAAGUUGCACCGUAACCUACUGAGAAGUUUCCUGAAGACUCUUGAUGAAUAUAACCUAGAAUCCCAAAUAACUCGAGGUGUGGAUGACCUACAGAGGAAUUUUCAGUGCUGUGGUGCCCAGAACUACACUGACUGGUUCAACACUACUUAUGGAUAUCUCAAUUCUGCUGUUCCAAGUAGCUGCUGCAAGACUGUAACAAGAAGCUGUGGAAGGAAUCUAAGCAAAGAUGCUGCUAACAUUAAUCAAGAGGGAUGUGUUGAAAAGCUGAAGAAAUGGACUGAAGACCAUAUUGUAUUUAUUGGAGCUGUUGGCAUAAGUAUUGGAUUUGCACAGAUACUUGGGGUCUUGCUUUGCUAUAUGCUGCUGAGAGUGCUUAAAGAAGACUAUGCGAACUUGUGAGCCAUCAAAAGGUGCAUGAAACAAUGUGUGGAUUUUUAUGGGUUUUCCUGGUCUGUUUUGAUACUACUUUUAAGAAGGCUGAUGUUACUUGAAGGUGUUUAAACAAUGAAAUGACUGACUUCUCACACAAUGCUGUAGAUACUUCUCGGCUACAGUGCCAGCUUUAUAAGUGAGCAAAAGUGUGGACUUUUAAAGCCUUUAUACCUUCUUUUAGGGUGGAAGGUGGAUGGAGCUGGAGGGGACCUAUGUUGUAAUGCCAGUACUUGUAACGGACAUGAUUCCAAGUUGAGGAAUAUUCUAAUUUCUGAUACUCGUUUAAGUUCUUCUAACACUUGUGUCCAAGAUGUCUAAUUUAUGAAACAAAGCAGUAGAUCAAACCAGACUAUUCUCUGUCGGGGGGGGGGGAGAAAUUUGCUUUGCUUGUAAGGAAGUCUCUGCUUGCUUGCAAGAAGAAAUUCCUUCCGACAGGAUUGCUACAGUAAUGGCUUCACUUCCAUAGUAAUACAUUUACGGGAAAGAAUAACUUUUAUCUACACGGGCCUUAUCUAAAGUUUGUGCAAUCUCUGGCAUAACUAAAACUCCCUCAUUUGGUGUGCAACAGUGAAUACCAGUGCCCUCAAAUUUAUGACUCCUCAUCUGUGAGGAGAAGCUAUUGCAAUAGACGAGCAUAUUUACCCCCCCUUAAACUGCUGCCUACUUGUCCAAGGGAAAAUGGUGUUGGUUGUAAACUGACCACAAAUUCAUUGAUAAAACGUACCAAUAUUUGUACAACCAA